AUGACAGCAUCACAUCAUACCUUUACAUAUCAUCAUUCAUCUUCGCUCUUGGAUUCACCGCAACAUCAUCAUCCAAGUGACGACCUUUUGCAUUUGAAACCACAACACCUCUCUGGGCCUGUGGGUCAAGACGAGGUUGAGCAAGGAAGUUUAUCUCCUGUUACCACUGAUUCAAUGUCGACAUCAUCAUGCGAUGAUUGGCCGUCAUCCACAACAACGCCUCAACAGCAACAGCAACAACUCCAUCAUGCAUCCACACACCUUGUAGACAACUUUGUUAUUACAAAGACAGCUCCCAGCAUAUACUUGUUUAUAUUUGUGAAUCCAUUAUCUGGUGACGAAAAGGGUCGUGAAUUGAUUACCCUUCCCAUUCAACAUUUUCGAUUACGACGACUUCCAGAAGUGCAAGUUCAGAUCCAUAACAUUCUCGACAAGGAAGAUCGUGAAGCUGGGAUGGCGGAGAUUACACGCAUUGCAUCAAUCCUUGAUCAACUACCGCCUAUCCCAGAAGGGAAACUGCCACAUGCUGUAAGCCAGCGUCAUCUUCAAGUAUGGAGUGCGGGUGGUGAUGGUACAGUCAUGAGCGUGGUGGAAAUGUUGGCAUCGUAUCAUAUUGAUCUCGACCAGGUGUUCUUUUCGUGUAUUCCAUUUGGCACUGGUAAUGACUUUAGCCAAGUGCUUGGCUGGGGUCGUACCAUACCCCAUCGUGAUAUUCUUGGCCAUGGAUUACAGCAUUUGGAAACACUUGUUAUGGAACGGCUUUUACAAUCCGAGCCAGCACGUUUGGAUAUUUGGCAGGUAGAAAUGACGGCACACGCUAGUGGUUAUGUGCGUCUUGCUGGACCUGAUAGGCGUGAUGGUCACGACGUUGCAGAAGUGAAACCCAGCAACCAUGGCAACACAGCCCACUCUCUCACACGCAAAAUGUGCAACUAUAUGUCUAUUGGCGUUCAAGGCUAUGUUGGCAGUGGAUUUGAAAAACAUCGUGCAGGAAAUCGCAUGGCCAACGUGCUUGUUUACACCAUUGAAAGUGCCAAAUGGGUCUUUUGGCGUCGCUUUCCACCUGUUACCCACUUUAUUGAAUCCAUUGUUCAUGGCAACGAGCCUGUUCUUAAGGCACCCGAUCCGAAUACCCGUCAUGGUCAUAACAACAAUGAUCGCGAUUUGCCGGAAAUGACGAACCAUCCUAUUGAUUUUGUUAUCCAAAACAUUCCUCACAUCUGGGGACGAGAAGUGGAUCUAUGGGGUGAAGCGCGUUCAGGAUUGGAAUCCGUACGCCGUAGAAGUGGUCCUAGUGAUCCAUCCAAUUGGCAACCACAACGAGCCAACGAUGGUCGCAUGGAAAUUAUGGUGAUCCAGAAUCUCAUCAGCUAUUUUAAAAAGCUUGCCAAUAUAAGAAAUCACGUAUCACGCCUUGGCCAAUUCGAGACACCCUUUGAAAUCCGUUUUCGCGAUCCAAAGCCGCAGCAGCCUUCUUCUUCAUGGUGGCGCCGCUCCAUGUGGAAACGGAACCGCUACGAACGUGAAAACGUGAUUUGUAUCAUGUGCGAUGGUGAAUUCUACGUCUUAAAGGAUCCCAAAUCUCUUACUUUCUCCCGUCAUGCACAAAUAUGGACACUCGGUCGAAAUGACCAGCAAGGAGUCGGUCGUCUGGUGGUAGAUGAACUGGGGCACAACACCAACUCCCAUCAUUAA